UUCAGGCAGGCUGGAGUGGUCAGGUUCAUGAUGUUUGAGAGGUUGAGCAUGCUGAAAAUCCAGAGCACCUCAAACUGGAGUGGAGCAAAUGACUGGUACCAUCAGCAGAACACAGUUCCCACCCAGCACAGCACUGAUUGCUGCCUGGUGGAGACGGAUAGGAGGAUGGCAGAAGAAGGAGGACAUGGGGAAAGAGAUGAGGGAGAAGAAUCUCAACUGAGACUGCGGUUAAAGAGGAAACUUCAGCGCAACAGAACCAGCUUCACAACAGAGCAGAUCGAGGCCUUGGAGAAAGAGUUUGAGAGAACACAUUAUCCAGAUGUUUCUGCACGGGAGCGACUCGCAAACAAAAUUGACCUUCUGGAGGCAAGGAUACAAGUGUGGUUUUCCAAUCGAAGAGCCAAAUGGAGGCGCGAGGAGAAGCUGCGAAACCAGAGGCGGUCUGGGGGCGGGACUUCCUGUUCACAAACACACGCUCCACUGAGCACAUCCUUUAACUCAGCUGUCUAUCAUCAUCCGCAUGGCAACAGUGCAGCAUCCAUGCUCAGUCAGAGUGACACAGCUCUCCCCAGUUAUAACUCUCUGUCAGUCUACUCUGGGGUUCAGUCGGCACCUUCUCCAUCCGCCUCCUCAUACUCGUGCAUGCUGCCUCCAUCCCCGUCUGUGCCACGCUCGUUUGAGACGACCUCCUUCAACUAA